UAAUAAUAUAUAAUAUUACAGAAAAAAUAAAUAUUUUAUUAUAUCUGAUGUGGAAAAAGACUUAUAAGAAAAAUAUCCAUAAGUGUUUAAUAUGUGAUAGUUUUUUGUUUAUUUUAUUUUUUAUUUCAGUCAAGAAAGUUUGUAUCGCCUGAAGCAUCGACCGCCGCAUUGAACGAUUUAAUACACAAUAUAACGCGAUCAUCUACCGAGAAUGCGUUAACUUCUUCUCUCGACAGCAAUAUGUUCAAUUGUUCGGUACACGGAGAAAAUUAUUCUGUUCAAGAAAAUCUCACAUCAAUAGAUUUAGUGAAAGCGCUCUGUUAUUUUGAUGUACCAAAUGAAAUCGUUAAAAUAUUGAGAACUUACCAUGCUUUUUUAAAAACCGAAACACAUAGCUUGAGGUUCGAAGAUAGCAAAUCUGCAAAAUCGAUUGAUAAUUUUCUAAAUAAAUUUGAAGCGAUGAAUAUAGCUGCGCAAGAUUUGUCGCAAGACUCUCAUUUGCUCAAAACAACAGCAGAUUCGAUAUCUGUAUUUAGUAUGGCUUUUAGCGAUUACUUAGAUUCAAUACGAGUCAAUGGUUUGAAAAACACCGUCGUCAAAUUAACAUCCGCUUUAAAACGAUAUAAUAAAGAAGAUGUUGUAAAACCUGUAGUUAAAGAAUUUUUUUGCAAUUUCUCCUUGACAAGAGGAUGGAUGUCGAACGGUAUUUGGAAUACUUCUUGCAUGGAACAUUUUAAAAAUUUUUCUAAAUCGUACAACAUAACAUACUGUGAUAAAAAGCAAUUGCUAUCGCUGUACGAAGCUAUACAAAAAAUACAACUGACAGAGUACCAAGACAACUUGAUCCGCAUUGUUUUAUGCGACGUAAUACCAGCUGUUAAAUCUACACCCGUCUAUCCUUCGAGUGCGGAAUAUGCGCGAAUAUACAAAACGAUGUUUAUUCUUUGUCAAGGUUUAAAUCCUAAAGUGCCAGUUUUAGUGAACACCGACAGCUAAAUCUUACAACCAUGAUACACACUUUGUUGCUAUAGUAACCAUUGUAAUAGCGAUACUUCUUUUCGCGGAAGUAGCAAGUGAAAGUGAACAAGGGCGCACAAUUACUUACAUAUAAUAAAUUCCUAUUACAUUGCACAUUACAUGUUAUUACCGAAUACGAACAAUUGUGUCAUUUUUUAUUAUUGUGUAAAGAAAUAAAAAUGUAAUGUCAAAUAAAAUAA